UGCUUAUCAUCUUCUUUGCGUGGGUAUGUAUAGGUUAUAGGCGUAUUGUAGCAGCUGUCAAAACAUUGUGUGUUGUGAUGCUUUAAGUCUUUGUCUUGGUGUAAAACUUGUUUUAUGCUGUCACAAUUUACUGAAAUGGACAGCGCUUGGUAAAAACAGUUUUAAAAAUCCACCGAAAUUUUGUAAUUGACACGUUUAAAGUUAAAAAUGAAUAAUACCGAAAUUGAACGGGGAGAAGAGUCUGUCAGUGGUGGAGCGGACGAAAAUAUAAAUCUGACAUCGCAUAGCAGAACGCAUUUAUUAAAUCCUUCCAGAAUAAACAGACUUCCUCAGUUUGUGGCUGCAUUUGUAGCUACUAUUGGCGCAUUUGCAAUGGGUACAAUUAUGGCAUGGACUGCACCAGCCAGCGGGGAAUUACAAUCUAAAUUCAAUUUUAACCUCUCAGAAAUAUCAUGGAUUGGUUCAUUUGUAGCCCUUGGUGCAGCAGCAGUUGUAUUACCUGUUGGAUAUUUAACUGAUAAGCUUGGCCGCAAAUUGACCAUGCUAAUUUUGGUUACACCAUUCUUAGCAGGAUGGGCUGUUAUCUUGUGGGCCAACACUUGGGAAGCAUUAUGCGCUGGUCGUUUCAUAGUUGGAAUGGCUGGUGGAGCUUUUACAGUGACAGUACCUAUUUAUAUUGGUGAGAUAGCUGAUGAUGAAAUACGGGCAACUCUUGGUAGUUUCUUCCAGUUAAUGGUGGUUGUUGGUGUGUUGUUUGUGUACAUUAUAGGUCGGGAAUGUAAUUUGUUUUGGAUGAGUGCCAUAUGCGGGCUUGUCCCAAUCGUUUUUGGCACAGCCUUUGUUUUUAUGCCGGAGACACCUGCAUACUAUUUACGAAAAGGCAAGGAAGAUGCAGCAAGGAGAUCACUUCUCUGGUUGCGUGGAACUGCAUGUGAUUUGGAACAAGAUAUAGCGCGAAUGAAGCAAGUGGAAGAAAACAGCUCAAGGCCAAGACCACCAGACUCUCGAAGUGCCACGAAGAUGUCACUGUUUAUUGCACUUGGACUUAUGACAUUUCAGCAGCUGAGUGGCAUCAAUGCCAUUAUAUUUUACACAACAGACAUAUUCCGUGCAGCUGGAAGCACAAUUGAACCCAGUAUAUGCACUAUUGUAGUUGGCACUAUGCAAGUGGGGGCAACACUUUGCUCGUCAUUAGUCAUUAACCGAUUAGGCUGUCGUAUUUUACUGCUCACUUCUGGAUUUGUGAUGGCAACUUGUACAUACACGAUUGGAGUAUUUUUCCAUCUUCAGGUCAGGUAUGGUGUAGACUAUGUUAGAAAUUUUGAUUGGUUGCCAUUAGCCAGCCUUUGCCUUUACAUUAUAGUUUUUUCUAUUGGCUUUGGACCUGUUCCUUGGAUGAUGAUGGGUGUCCUUUUCCCACCUCAUAUAAAGGGACUUGCAAGUUCCAUUACUUGCUUAGUCAACUGGAUGUUAGUGUUUAUUAUUACGAAAUUUUUUGCAAAUCUGUUAGUGUUUGCAGGCUCAGCUUCAACAUUUUGGCUCUUCUCAUUAAUAACUGCAAUUGGCACUGUCUUCGUUUUCUUUGUUGUUCCAGAAACUAAGGGAAAAUCACUUGAGGAAAUUCAAAUGGAGUUAUCAGGCAGUGAAAGUUAACUUUAUUUAUUGGAAUCUCCUUGUAGAAAUGAGAGCAUCGUAUAUCACUCAUAAGAGGCUAUGAUUAAUGCAGCUAUGUGUAUCAAACAGUUACAUUCUUAAUCAAGAUAU